UUUAGCACUCUGCUUGAAGCUGCUAGGAACUAUUAGCCGCAGCCUUUGCAGUUUGGCGGGGCUGUAUUUCUGGAUUUUGCAGACCAAGCUGUGCGGUGUAAAGGCUGUGCAUUGGAAUUGGGAGAAGCCUUUAAAAAAGCAAAUCAGAGCGAUGCCUUCUCUGUAGAUUCUGCAAAUUCAAGAGAGCUCCGAUCAAGAUGGCCAAGUACAGACUCAUCUUGCUGAGACAUGGCGAAGGGGCUUGGAACAAGGAAAAUCGAUUCUGUAGCUGGGUUGACCAGAAACUGAGCGCCGAUGGGGUGAAGGAAGCUCAGACCUGUGGGAGGCACCUCAAAAUGCUGGGUUUCGAGUUCGACCUUGUGUUUACUUCCAUUCUUAGCCGCUCUAUUCAGACUGCGUGGCUUGUGCUUGAGGAGAUGGGGCAGGAGUGGGUCCCCACUGAAUCUUCCUGGAGGCUGAACGAACGACAUUACGGGGCGCUGAUUGGCCUCAACAGGACAGAGAUGGCUUUGAACCAUGGUGAGGAGCAAGUGAAAAGGUGGAGAAGGAGCUACGACGUCAGCCCACCUCCCAUCAGUGAGGUCCACCCUUACUAUCACGAAAUAUAUAAUGAUCGCAGGUAUAAGUACUGUGAUGUACCAAAAGAGAAGCUUCCUAAGUCUGAGAGUUUAAAAGAAGUAUUGGAUAGACUCCUUCCGUACUGGAAUGAAAGGAUAGCACCAGAAGUCAAGAGAGGCAAGACUGUGUUAAUUUCUGCCCAUGGAAAUAGCACAAGGGCUCUUCUGAAGCAUCUGGAAGGCAUCUCUGAUGAGGCUAUAGUUAACGUGACUCUUCCCACCGGCGUGCCCGUCCUCCUUGAACUUGAUGAAAAUCUGCAACCGCUCGGCCACCACCAAUUUCUGGGUGACCAAGAAGCCAUACAAGCUGCCAUCAAGAAAGUGGAAGAUCAAGGGAAGGCCAAACCUAUGGCUGAGAAAUAAAGACCACUUUACAAACGCUUUGCUCAUAGCUCUAAUGAUGUGCAGCAAAAUAUGGCACUUUGUGAAUUGUUUUAUGCCUACUUGCUUAGCUUUCGGUUCUCACCAAGGGUUAGACAAGGGCUGUUAGAUUUUAGCAGUUUAUCUCGGGGGAUUGGGUUUCAGAUCCUGGUAUGAGAGUCACAAUGGCAGGUGAGUUGAUUAGGCUUUAAUUAGAAGGAUAAAAUGCGUCAAUGUGUAUUUUCCUCAACUUUUCAUAUGAGAGAAACUCUGUGUUAAGAACCAGAUUUCUGCAAAGCGGUGACCAGGUACCAUUGUGAUAAAUUGGAGAUAAAACAGGGAAUGUCAGAUCUGAUUUAAUAUUGGCCCAUAGGAAGAUCAUGAAGGACUGAAGAUCACAAACAGUAAACCUUCCCAAAGAUGUUCACUCACAGUCUUAACGUGGACUUUUAUGUUUUUUAUCAUUGGACAGCCUCUUGCAUUGGUUGACGUAUUUGUCGGGGCCCACUUUUAUUGUAUAACUGACGUUCAACUAAUUCUGAAUAAAGCCCUUAUUUUUAUCCGCUU